AAUCUACAAAGACAUGAGAGAUCUCACACUAGAGGAAAGCCAUACCAGUGCAAAACCUGUGACAACUGCUUUCAUAGACAAAGAGAUCUAGAGGUUCAUGAGAGAUCCCACACUGGAGAGAAGCCAUACCAGUGCAAAACUUGUGACAAAGGGUUUGCACAAAAGGGUAAUCUACAUAGACAUGAAAGAUCCCACACUGGAGAGAGGCCAUACCAGUGCAAAACUUGUGACAAAGGGUUUGCACAAAAGGGUGAUCUACAUAGACAUGAAAGAUCCCACACUCGAGAGAGGCCAUACCAGUGUAAAAGCUGUGACAAGUGGUUUAGUGAUAAAAGAAAUCUACAUAGACAUGAAAGAUCCCACACUGGAGAGAAGCCAUACCAGUGUAAGACAUGUGAUAAGUGGUUUACACAAAAAGAAACUCUAAAAGCACAUAUGAGAUCCCACACUGGAGAGAAGCCAUACCAGUGCAAAACUUGUGACAAGUGUUUUGCACGAAAGGGUGAUCUAACAGUACAUGAAAGAUUCCACACUCGAGGGAAGCCAUACCAGUGCAAAACUUGUGACAAGUGGUUUGCAAAAAAAAGUCAUCUAACAGUACACGAAAGAUUCCACACUGGAGAGAGGCCAUACCAGUGCAAAACUUGUGACAAAGGGUUUGCACAAAAGGGUGAUCUAACAUUACAUGAAAGAUCCCACACUGGAGAGAAGCCAUACCAGUGUAAAAGCUGUGACAAGUGGUUUAGUCAUAAAGGACAUCUGCAUAGACAUGAAAGAUCCCACACUGGAGAGAGGCCAUACCAGUGCAAAACUUGUGACAAAGGGUUUGCACAAAAGGGUGAUCUACAUAGACAUGAAAGAUCCCACACUGGAGAGAAGCCAUACCAGUGUCAACGCUGUGACAAGUGGUUUAGUGAUAAAAGAAAUCUACAUAGACAUGAAAGAUCCCACACUGGAGAGAGGCCAUACCAGUGCAAAACUUAUGACAAAGGGUUUGCACAAAAGGGUGAUCUACAUAGACAUGAAAGAUCCCACACUCGAGGGAAGCCAUACCAGUGCAAAACUUGUGACAAGUGGUUUGCACAAAAAAGUCAUCUAACAGUACACGAAAGAUCCCACACUGGAGAGAGGCCAUACCAGUGCAAAACUUGUGACAAAGGGUUUGCACAAAAGGGUGAUCUACAUAGACAUGAAAGAUCCCACACUGGAGAGAGGCCAUACCAGUGCAAAACUUGUGAGAAAGGGUUUGCACAAAAGCGUGAUCUAACAGUACAUGAAAGAUCCCACACUGGAGAGAAGCCAUAUCAGUGUAAAAGCUGUGAGAAGUGGUUUAGUGAGAAAAGAAAUCUACAUAGACAUGAAAGAUCCCACACUGGAGAGAAGCCAUACCAGUGUAAAAGCUGUGAGAAGUGGUUUAGUGAUACAAGAAAUCUACAUAGACAUGAAAGAACCCACACUGGAGAGAAGCCAUACCAGUGUAAGACAUGUGAUAAGUGGUUUACACAAAAAGAAACUCUAAAAGCACAUAUGAGAUCCCACACUGGAGAGAAGCCAUACCAGUGCAAAACUUGUGACAAGUGCUUUGCACGAAAGGGUGAUCUAACAGUACAUGAAAGAUUCCACACUCGAGGGAAGCCAUACCAGUGCAAAACUUGUGACAAGUGGUUUGCCCAAAAAAGUCAUCUAACAGUACACGAAAGAUCCCACACCGGAGAGAGGCCAUACCAGUGCAAAACUUGUGACAAAGGGUUUGCACAAAAGGGUGAUCUAACAUUACAUGAAAGAUCUCACACUGGAGAGAAGCCAUACCAGUGUAAAAGCUGUGAAAAGUGGUUUAGUGAUAAAAGAAAUCUACACAGACAUGAAAGAUCCCACACUGGAGAGAAGCCAUACCAGUGCAAAGCUUGUGACAAGUGGUUUACUCAGAAGAGAACACUUCAAAGGCAUGAAAAAUUGCACUCUGGACAGCAGCCAUAUUCCUCAGAUUACGAUGAAACAUUUACUUGCUGGAUUUGUCAGGAGGAACUGAGCAGUGCAUCCCAGCUCAUUAACCACUAUGAAGAACACAUGAAGUUCCCUUGAUUUUAUUGUUGAAUAUAAUUCUAUCUGAUGUAAGAUUAAGAUUUAAAGAACGUUUGAGUUUUGCAGUAAAAUGAAUAAUGUUGAUUUUUCAGAUUGACUAUCUUAUAAAGUGAGACAGGCGUAGUGUUUAGACAUUUCGUUACUGUUAUAUGGAUUUAUCGGUGCGAAAAGAAUCAUGGUACUGUAACAUGGCGCUGGUGUAGAUUAAAGAAACCUGUUGAGUUUAUCUGCACCUAUCAGGGUAUUAACAGGCCAUUAUUACAACAGGUACAGCUAUCACACCUGCAGCAGGCCAAAUGCUAUAUGCUAUGCCACUUUUACAAUCUGCAUCUAAUGACAAUGUCAUUUCUUUUUAAAUAGAGGUUGACUGGUUUUCUUUGUCAGUAAUGCUCUUCAAUAAUCUUACAAGCUAAUGUUUGUUUUCUAAGGAUGCCUUUGCUUCCUCUUUCCUUUAAUUUUCUUUAAGCUGAGGAACUGUCAUUUUUGUAAAGUCAGUUGAGCUCAAAGGCACAGCAGAGUGAGUUUGAGAUGCAACAGUACUUUAACCACUUUGCAGAUUAGAUAAAGGUGUAGUAAUUUCAGGCGGUACAGUUUUUUCUUUUUCGGAGUAUGUCCUCUUCCCAGUACUCUAGUUUGUUUCUGAUAGGAUCUGGGCUCCCAUUCCUUUUUUCUUAAGUGCCAUUAACAUGACUCUUGAUGAAGAACAUCUCCAAUAGAGUCCCACUUGUUGAAUUUCCAGAAAACAGUGGACCCUGCAACAUCAAUGUUCCUUUCAACUCCUUGCUCUGUAAAUGUUUUUACUACUUGGUACAUUUGGAAAAGCCAUGGAAUAUAUGGGAAACCAUAAUAUGAAGGUAUUGGGUAACUCUCUUUCACUUGUAACCUUCCCUUAAUCCUUUGAGAGAAAUGAAAUCACUCACCUAUUGUUUUGCUUUCAACCAAACUCUGUGGGGCUGGUAUUCGGUUGCCAGUUUCUGAGAUUUUUUACAGGGCUGCGAAGUACACCCAUAUUUUUAUGAUCUUUUCAGCAGUUUCAGGCCUCAAGAAAUCAUUCAUUUUCUCUGGAAGGUGAUACAGCAUUAUUUUCUUAUCAUUUCUUAUGAGACUUAUCCAUUCGCGAACAGAACUUUCUUUGCCAUCUGCAUUUUUCUUUCCCAGACAUCAAAAGACACUCCACAAGACCUUUUACUGUGAAUGAACUUAUUACUUAUUUAGGUGUGCCUGUUUGUUGAUCAGGUUUUCAAUACUCUCCUAAAUAUCCUUUCUGUCGACUUUACGACCAUUGUUGUUUUUGCAAUCAUGGUUCAGUGCAUUUUUCUAUCUUAAGAGUUAGAUCCAACACACUCUACGAUUGUUAUUCGGGGAUUUUCGAUUCAUUUAUUUUCAUUGAAAAUAGUCGGCUUUUCUUCCCAGUGAGAGGGCUUUUGUUUAUAUGAUAAACAAAAUAAUACAUGGUUGCUUGUAGAUAUGGAAUUUCUCUUCUUGUGUAGAACUUGACAUCUCAACACAACUUGACAUCUCACUCGUGAGCUAUCGAGUGAAACACUCGAAGAGAAAUUCCAUAUCUACGCGCGCCCAUGUAUUAUUCUCUAUUUAUUCAACCGAAGGAAGGACAUAUCUAACAAGGUGUUACCUUUGAAACUCAGUACCAAUAGAUUAGGUUUGAAUAGGCAGAGAAAAUGGGCAGAAUUCGGUGUAAAAUUUACUUCAAACAGUACUAGUCCUACAUGAAUGGAUGUUUUAUCAUAAUAAUUUCCAUUGGCAAAGGUAUUUCCAGACAGUUCAUGGCGAACAAUUUAUUACAUCAUGGCCGCCGCGCAUGCGAAUCGCAUCACUUUGUGGACUUCGCAUAUCAAACUCUUUCCCCAGUGCGACGAACAUUUGUUUUUCUCGGUUGCAGUGAGUUUCCCGAUCCCUCUCCUUCUGCUUUCACGCUUACAAAACAGGAAAAAUCAAAAGGAGGAAGAUACAGCUGUUUUGAAACGCCAUUUGACGAAGGUAAAUCUGCAUUUUGUUCGACACUUUACAUAACAAAACAAAGGAAAUUUGUUCCCCUUUUUUUUUUUCUUGUUCGAAAGCCAUAGUCGAUUUCUUUACUGAAAACGGCCCAUUAAAACUAGAAUUAACGGUUCCCAGCGUCCCUGGAAAAAGGGUUAAUAUUUUCUUCUCAAACUAGACGAGUUCAUCCAGGUGUCACUUUCAUGCGGUCUGCGCUCGCUCAAACACCCUUCGUGCAAUCAUGCUGACUCCAGCCUUACUUCGUCCACCAUUUUGAAAAUUUCUCUUCUAGCUAGGUAGCCUCUCCUCCUGUUUUCCGAGUUGGAAUACAAUACAUUUUCCCGGGUUUUUUAAAAAAAUGUCGGAUGACAGAAAAUACUGUCAGCAUGAAUAUGCAAAAGUAGUUGAGUUCAGUAAACCGGAGCUUAUACCCCGUUCACACCAAAGCUUAAACAUGUUUAAAAUUUGUUUGAUAAACAGAUUUAAUAAUGAUGUGCAGCUAAAUUUUUGGAGACGAAACCAAUUUUCGCCCUGGAAAUACCCUAUCCAUUGUAAAAAGAAUGGCAUAGAAUUAUCACUGAGGACCCUCUGAGAAAACCUCACAAGUUUUCCCUGGCCUACAGCUUGUGUUAGAUUACGAUACUCUGUUGAAAGGAACAAUUAGGGACUAUGCAUUGCGGUAAUUAUAAAUUCAUUCUCCGCAUGCAAGGUUUAAAUGGAGCAACAGCUAACUAAGCAUGUGCAUGGUGUAAAAUCCAAAAGGAUGAUAGAUGGAAAACAGAUCAGCAUUUUAGUUAUUUCAAUUCAAAGCCACUUUCAAGGUCUUUACAAGAAUUGAAAGAAAUGUCCAAAAAAUCAAAGAAUGAUUAUGGCUGCUGUAAGGAACCCCUUCUGGACAUUGAUUGGAUCAUAUAAUUGUUGAUGAACUUCACCUCCUUUUAAGAAUAACUGAUAAGUGUUACCUGCCAAUUUAAUAACAGAAGUUAAUGAUUGACUUCUUUCAGGUAAACGGCCAAAAUCGGCCGAUGGAAAAACUUCCAGUUGUCGAUUUUCAUUCUCAGCCGAGAAAUGCUGACAUCAAAGCCACUGAAUACGUAACUUUCGGUUUUUUCUUUUAGUAUAUUGGUUUUCUCCCCCUUCUGGAAAAGUUUGAACCUCACUGUCUGUCGCGAUACGGAAUUUUUCAGUAUUUUAGCCGCCACAAUCCGAGAACGUUCCGACAAACUACCUAAUAUUGAGAACCGGGAAGGCUUUGUCGAUCAUUCAUCAAAUUGUCCGAGUGGCGCCAAAGGCGAGUGACGUGUCAGUAGCUGAUUGGCUAUAUCAACACACGUGGAAAAAAUACGAAAUUUUUUCACCUGUGUUGUUACGGCUUUUCUCAGGGCCGGAAAUCCCUGUAUAACACCGCAGUUUAUGUGAUAAAAAACUUUUUUCGGAAAUUAUGAGUAGGUAUCAAUGGAGAAGUAACUUUGAUAUUCAUAACAUAGAUUCUUGUUUUACAAUAAGAUGUUUUCAGUUUUUAGAGUACCCACUUAAGACCAAAGUGCUUAGGGUGCGUUCCUUUGGGAGAAUCCGGAUCUCGAUUUCUGAUCUGUGGCGUUCCUUUCGAGCAAAUCCAUUUUCAGAUCAGUGAUCUAUCAAAUCCACUCUGGACAAGGAUUCAUCGGAUCACUGAUCUACGUGAUCUAUAGACGGAUCAUUGGAUCAUUGAUCCAACGCGUUCCUUUGAGCGAAGGAUCCGAAAUUAAUCAUUUUGCCCAGCGGCGCUCAAUCUCAAACAAGUAGGUUCUUCAUAUAUUGACUGGAAAGAUUUUUGGCAAUCGCUCCACAAAUUCUGCGAUAAAUACGAAAUAAAAUCAAUUUUGUAAUGUUAAAUCGAGCGGCCACUGAUCGCAGGCAUUCAGGGUUCCCAAGUAUCCGUACCGUAAUCAAUACUUGCUUCUGUAAGUCAGUAGCAGAUCUCCCACCACUCCUUUGCCCAUGAGGCAGACCUAGGCAAGUAGCUAACAGGCGUUCCAUACAGCUGACUGUAGUUCUUGACAUCCGAAAAUGACUUAAAAAAUCUGAAACAAUGUAGAUUAGUUUAAUACGUUCGAAGUAAUUCUCAAUGUGGACAUGGCUCUGCCUCUCCCCUAUAAAAAAAAAUAGUAAUUGUAGUAAAAGUAAUCUUGACAACUUCUCACUUCUUGUAGUAUUGAAUCAUCUGAAAGUUCCUUUAUUAACGAAAGAACAGCUGUUCUAUCCUCGACGCCAAUUCCAAUUCCGCUUACGCGCUCUACAAUUUCGCGCCUGCUCUCAUGGUUACUGAUCUGGUGAUGACUUUGAUGCAAAGUGAUCUGUGUGAUCUUGGAUCACAAAUCCUAAUCCGGAACCUCCUAAAGGAACACACCCUUAAAUUUCCCAUAAAUACCAAUCUAGGCCUACUGCUCAACCGCUGACUGAAAAUCAAUCGGGAUGACUCCAGGGCCGUAAAGUACAGCAGAAGGAAGGAAAACUUUCACUUGCUUUACCUUUUCAUUGGAUUAAAAUUUUUACAUGUGAUACCGAUCAUUAUAGUCUAUUCAAUAACAUAUACAACCAUACUAGAGUAUUAAUGUCCACCCAGGAACAUAUCAACAGGAACUCUCACAUCCCAUAUAAACCCUUGGAGACUUCCUUUGCCCGUAUUUUUCUUCAUUUGAGAACUUAACUAGAGGUUGCGGUGUGCUGGCUAAUCGUAGCAAAUGAAAUUAUUGCGUAACGACGCUCUGUCACACGCGAUUACGAGAAACGUUCAUCGAGUGAAGACAGUCAAACUUCUGAUUGUGAUACUCUCGCGGACGUGGUGAGAACAGAGUAUUUCGCGGGAAUUUUGAAAACUAAGACUGUUCUUAAAAUAAAAUAAUAUACAGGCAGCGUAGGUAGGUAUGAUGCGUGAGAAAGCUCCUUGUCCUAAUGCUCAAUCUUGUUCCCAGUGUCCUCUCUUCCCUGUUCAAAUGAACAACCUUGGGGAACCUGUAAGUGAGGCGGCAGUUACAAGAUAACGUCGGUUUAAUGAGGAGACAAGGGCGAAUCACUUUGGAAAACAUAAAAACUUGUAAGGUAUGAGUACAAUGUUAAAUUUAGCUUAUUUCCCACGAUGGUAGUAGUAGUUGGGUAUAUACCUAAAUAAUUUAUAGUCAUCUGGGUUUCCUUUUCAAAUUCGAUGGAGUUACCGCUAUCAAUUAAAAGAACUGAAGUAGUUUGUUUUCAUUUGAAAUUUACUUUGGAAUGUCUCAACUGUUAAAUGUUUCCAUUGCUAUUAAGUAUAUCUUGAACCGAAUGGAAAUCUCAAUGGAACCAAUGUUUCAACAGUGAUGCUCUCCGGUAAACUGCAAUUUAAGCAAUUGCAGAAAAGGAAGGCAAAAAUAUGUAGGUUUUGACUUCAUUCAAACCUGUGCCUCCCAAAUACUGCCAACUGAAGAAUUUUUCGGGAAUGCACCAUGGAAUUUUGGAUGGAUGAAUAGUGAGCAAAUCCUUCUCCUUUUGAGAUGGCUGUCCCUUUGUCAGUCAAAAGCAUAUGAGAGAGUUUCCUUACUAAAGAAAUUUUACACUUAAUAAGUUAUUUGGGCAACAGAUAAUUUGGAAUAAAAUAGAUGAAUGUACUUUGAUGAAAGCAAGGUUCAAAAUAACAGCCGGCUGCCAGCGGCAGCCGCAACUUUUAGCGCACUUAUCAGCGAUUUUUCACAGAAGAACCAGAAUUUCAUAACAAAAUAUUACGCUUACUGAUCGUCCAACUGAAGUAAAAAUCGCUGUCAUGCUAUGAUGAACUUUUCAUGUUAGGCAAUUAAGCAGCCAAGAAAUGCGCUAAAAGCUUUUCGGAAACGUAAACGAGUAUAAAGUUUCGAAAUUCGAAGCGUGCUACAGGGAGUAUUUUUGUUUACAGUAUUCAGCUUUCCACGUAUUUGUUGGAGCGUGAAACAUGCAAGUUUGUGUAAACACCGUCACAUUAUCGUAUUUAUGUUUCUGCACUUACAUACUACCUUUAAUCAAGAUUUAUUUUCUGCCAAAUCCUGUUCAAUGUCGUUUGCAAAGCCUUCUUACACGUUCAAAUUAAAGUCGGUACUGUACAGUACGGAAUUCCCAUGGAGAAGCGCGACAGUUUGUCUCGAAGAAAUUGUAUAUUUCACGCUUGAAGAAAUACCGAAAAAUUGAGCCGUUUGCAACGUUUUCUUAGAAAAGGAAUUGCUGCCACAAAACAUGUUGAUCAAAAUAAAGAUUCUGAUGCUGAAAUUAUUUUAAGCAAUUUAAGGUAAUUAUUCCUUUCAGUACUGUUAAUAAAUCAUGUUGAGUGUUGAAGACAUGUGUUGACUGCCCAUUUAUUAUUGACAGUUAGGAAAACAAUGAGCCUUGACAAAAGCCUACAAAUUCACGCUAAAAGCUGAAGAAUUAUUAUUUUCAACCCUGAAAGUUAUGGCUUUACUUCCAGUGAAAGACCAAUAACUUGAAGAUUAAAAACAGGUAAAAUUAUACAGUUAGGAAACGUUUAUACUCAUUGAGAGGAUUGGAUGUAGGAGUGUUGAUGAAAGAAGGUAAUUUUUUUUAUCAUGACGAGCUUUGCUCAAGAAAAGAAUUCACACCAGGGAUGCGUAAAAUGAUCCAUAGGCUUGUCAAAGUAAAGCGAGAGGACUCAAUUAGCAAGUGAAAGCGAGGUGUUUGGCUUCGAGCGUGAAAUUAAUUGAAGUUAACAAUUAAAAUGUAAACAGGCGCGAGGAUCCGCGCUGCUUGCGCGUUAGGAGUGCUACGAAAAUUUAGGACUCUUUUGCACCAUUUUCUCUUUAGAAAUAACUACGCACUCAUGGCGUGAAUGGCAAUUUUUAUAAUUGUAGAAUGAUUCAGCGAUAAGAACAGCUUAGCUAAGCCGUAGUGUGUCAUGGCAUUUGAGGAUAGCCUGGUUGUAGUGCGUGACAUGACUAUCAAGUAACAGUUGUUGUACCCAGCAUGUUUUGUCCGUGAUCUACAGAUCUAUUGGUUUGUGACGCAAAGAGCGAUUAUCUGUUCUGUCACGACAAUACCAAAAUUAAAUUGUGUUAGCCAACUUUUAUUUCACUCUGAUCAGACCUUUGACUCUAAGUCAGCAUGGAGGCCGGUGAGCCGCUCGGUAAGGACCUUGUUUUCAAGAGAGAUUUCGACUGCAGUAUGUUCUGGAGAUACAAGAGUAUCAUUUAACACUUGAAACGAUUGGGUAGAUAUUUUGAUAAUACUUUUCUGGCGUCCAUACUAAGGAGCUCUUUCAGUAUAAAAUAUCAUUUUAGUAAGUCCCAAUCAUGAGGUAAGCGCGGGGACUUAUCCCGCGAAAAUUCUGUGCGAAGGUACGAGUGUAUUCGGCGGUAUCUGCGAAAAGGGGCCAUCGUUCUUUCCUUAAGGUAAGGUCUUAACUGUGUAUUACUUCGCGAGGAAGAAAUUCUAUUCGCUGGCCUGUCCAAUUUGGCUUUUAGGUAAGGUUGUAUGCCUGAUAAUUUCUGUCUAGAGCUAUAUGAUGACGUGUGAUAAAUCUCGCUGCUUAAUAACCUUUGAGCGGAAAAUGAUGAUGCCCAAACCAUUUAAUCAGCAAAGCAAGGUUUACCUUUACCUCUGUGCUUUGGAAGCAAGAGAAGGAAUUAUUUCUGUGAUAGUCAGGUGACAGAUGCUUAAAAUCACAUGGUGUAUUAUCCAACUGUUGAAACCUAACAUGAGCCAGAUGAACUAAUUAUGGAAUGAACCCUGACAUCAGAGCUCAAAUAUUCCUUCCCUAUAUGAUGACGCACUCUUAGCAGGUUAGUGUGUUUUCUUACUAAUCGUACUGUACUAUUUCGCAGUUUCGAAAGCAGAAUCCUAAAGAUGCUCUCGUUCUUUUGUUAUUUCUUACCCACUCUCUCGGGUAAUCAGUCUUUAGUUGCCUGACUUAUCUCCGUGAAGGAAGAACCUUCAUUUUUAUAUUUUUUUCCCGGUUUUGUCAUUCGUAUGUGAGUUGUUGUUAUCUGAAUGCAGAACUUCUCCUUUUUUUUCCACUUGGUUCUGUCUCUCAUGGGUAGUCAGUUCCGUUUGGGUUGUUGUUAUCUGAAGGCAGAACCUUUCCCUUUUUUUCACCUGGUUCUGUCUCUCUUGGGUAGUCAGUCCUAUUUGGGCUGUUGUUAUCUGAAGGCAGAACCUUUCCUUUUUUUUCCACCUGGUUCUGUCUCUCUUGGGUAGUCAAUCCUAUUUGGGCUGUUGUUAUCUGAAGGUAGGACCUUUCCCUUUUUUUCACCUGGUUCUGUCUCUCUUGGGUAGUCAGUCCUAUUUGGGCUGUUGUUAUCUGAAGGCAGAACCUUUCCCUUUUUUUCACCUGGUUCUGUCUCUCUUGGGUAGUCAGUCCUAUUUGGGCUGUUGUUAUCUGAAGGCAGAACCUUUCCUUUUUUUUCCACCUGGUUCUGUCUCUCUUGGGUAGUCAGUCCUUUUUGGGCUGUUGUUAUCUGAAGGCAGAACCUUUCCCUCUUUUUCACCUGGUUCUGUCUCUCUUGGGUAGUCAGUCCUAUUUGGGCUGUUGUUAUCUGAAGGCAGAACCUUUCCCUUUUUUUCACCUGGUUCUGUCUCUCUUGGGUAGUCAGUCCUAUUUGGGCUGUUGUUAUCUGAAGGCAGAACCUUUCCCUUUUUUUCACCUGGUUCUGUCUCUCUUGGGUAGUCAGUCCUAUUUGGGCUGUUGUUAUCUGAAGGCAGAACCUUUCCCUUUUUUUCACCUGGUUCUGUCUCUCUUGGGUAGUCAGUCCUAUUUGGGCUGUUGUUAUCUGAAGGCAGAACCUUUCCCUUUUUUUCACCUGGUUCUGUCUCUCUUGGGUAGUCAGUGUUAUUUGGGCUGUUGUUAUCUGAAGGCAGAACCUUCCUUUUUUUUCACCUGGUUCUGUCUCUCUUGGGUAGUCAGUCUUAUUUGGGCUGUUGUUUUCUGAAGGCAGAACCUUUUUUUUUUUUUCAUUUGGUUCUGCCUCUCUUGGGUAGUCAGUCCUAUUUGGACUGUUGUUAUCUGAAGGCAAAAUGGUUCCUUUUUUAUUUGGUUCUGUCUCUCUUUGGGAGUUGUUUCAAUUUAGACUGUGCGUUUUCAUCUUAUGACAAACUAAUUUUGAGUAUGAAUUGUGACAUAAUUAAAUUUACUUGACUUAAAUUUUUUUCCUUUGCAGAUUUCAUUGAACGUUAACCGCGAAAAGUCGCGAUGAAAAAGCAAUGUUUGUUUUGAUAAAAAAAGAUAGCUUUCCUGUUGAGAUGACUAACCAAAUAAGUGCACGUUCCGUUGACUGGUAAUUUGUAUGUCGAUGUUGUGUUUGCCUUGGUGGUGUCUGUCCUCAAAUCCCGUGAUAUUUCAAUUAAAAAUAAAUAACGAGUUUAGGAAUAAAAUUACCAACGAGUAAAAUACCUCUUCUCGUAACGUAUUAAAUUGUAUUUACAUUUCCAACUCUUGCUUCAGACAGGAGAUGUAAAAUGGGUCAUAGAUUGUAAAAGAGAUUUGUGAGUAAAGAACUUUUUCUACUUGUCCUUUUUUAUUUUCUCGCAGCCUUAUACAAGAGGUUCGCUGUGUUCGCAGUGGCGUGCCAGGAAACCCCAGCAGGAAAAUCUUUUUAAAGAUUUUAUUCCUUUAAUGAUAUCUUUAAAGUAUAUUACUCCCUUAGCAUUUAGCCAAUUAUAUGGUUGCAGUGGAGGGUGCAAAAAAACUCAGUUAUAUAUUUCUUUACAGGCCAAUAUUAUCAGAAAAAACCCAAACAAACGAACAAAAUGAGGUCUGUUGCGCUGUGUGAUCCAUGAGUGUUCUCAUCGCGGUUAGGGCUUGCUGUUGCUUGCGGUAUUAUUUUCCGGAGUGGACAUACCAUUACUACAUUUUUGUUAGCGUUUAAAAAUUGGAAAUACAUGGUUUUGGUAAAAAACUUCAUCUUUUUAAACUCUUAACGACUGUCGAGUUGGGUGUAUCAAUAGAGUGGGUCAGCAAAUUUGCAUUCUAUGUUGCGCAAGGGGCAAGAGAAAAUGGUUGACUCCCCGCAAGUGAAGCUGACGCUCCAGGUCGAUGUCGAUCCAUUAUUAUCCUUCGUAAACAAAAUUUCGAUCAUGUAGUUAAAUUAUAAAAUUUCUUUGGCUUACAUUGUGCGCUUUAAAGUAAACUUGAGUUGUUAGUUCCACACGAGGGUUUAACCUUGAAAAAUGCAAUCACACGAGUGAAGCUGACAUUAAUGUGUGUCCCUAUCUGGAAAACAUUCGUAUUGUGACAAGAAGGGUCUACUUUAAGGUUUUGGGUUACUCUCGCCAUGCAAUUUGGAUGCCGAAAAGUGCCAAAAAAGUAAUUACUGAAAAUUCAUCCACAACACCUCGGUCGUUCUGUGGGCGCGAAGUCAGUUCUUCUCUUACAGUUAAUAAUUGCCAGGCGGAUCUCAGAUCCGCCUCAGCCUCAUUUGCAUAAAUUCUUUUGGUGAGCAAAGCUCAUCAUGUUAUGGCUAAUACCUCAUAUACCCCACACAUGUCGUUGAAAUGAGUCAGUGAGUUAGUAGUUUCCUGGUGCUACUGAUUGUUUAUUUCAGAGCACUAAAGAAGACGAUAAACAUCUUAAAAUCAUCUCAGUAUGGUGCGUAAAAAAUCUAAGCUUUUCCUUGCAGAAAUAUCUUAAAAAGGGGUGAUUGGGGCACAUAGAGGAAUUUACUUUCUAUCAAGAGAAAGCAUUUUAAUGGUUGGAUUAGGGAAUUAUGCCCAGUAGAUUGGAAAGUAAAGGUUUUUUUUUAGUCCUUGCCGUGACACUACACAUGAUAAAAUCUCUCAAAAUAAUUUUACACUGGUGUCUCAGGCACGUAUUUGAUGACAAGACUGUUCAUGGCAUAAAUAUCUGGAAAGUUGAUCUUAGUCAUACAAGCUCUGAAGACUAAUUUUAUUUAUUUGAGGAGGGAGCAUUUUACCAUUUCAAUCAGCAAUUUAUACCCAAAAGAGCUGCCAAAUUUGAGAAGGGAAGCGAUGUCUUAACUAAGAUACCUUGAGUUUAGCAUGUGGAAAAGGGAAAAUUAAUUUUAAUCAACAGAAUAAAAACAAAAGGAGCAUAGUUUAAUCAUUAUUUGGGCCUAGAGGAUAGACUGAUAGAGGAACGGUGAGCUUUUUGAGCUAGCAGAUAUAAAUUAUGGCAACUAUUACUGUUGUUAACAUUAUUAUGUUUAAUAUUGUUAAUAUUAUUGUUGCCAUUCAAUUAUCAGGUGAGUGUCAAGUAAUCAGUAUAUUCUUGAAUCAUCUUUCUCUUGUGGAUCAGGGUAUUUGUAAAUAUGUGGGACGCAGUUGGCUUUCUGCACCUGAGACAAAUCUUCUGCAACACUACCUUCUAGUAUCAUUAUACAAUCUUGAAUAUUUUGUGAUUUUUAUCAUUUUCUUUUAUCUUUUAACCAGACUCUUUCCAUUAAAGUCUAUUGGGAAUUUCUUUUGUAGUGUCUACUAGAACUUUCUGUUGUCCAGUUUUUGCACUUUGGGUUGCUCCACUUGAUGGUGAUAGGUGGAGUGACUUUUCCAUUAAGACAAGUUCAUUGAACAAAUUGUUCACACAAUGACAACUAUAGAUUAAAGUUUAAAAUCACAGGGACAACAUUUAGAUUGUAUGAACUGGUUGUGUGAAGCUAUGUAAAGGGACAUGUUGGAAAUGCACUUCUCUUUGCAUGUCCUUACUCAUGUGAAGGUUUUCUUUCAGGGCCUUGGCCAGAAAUUGCACUGUCCGUGAAUCCCUUUGUUAGUGGCAAUUGUUACAGUAAAACUUUCUUUCCUGGAAGAGUAUGACUGUUUGAAACAUAUUUUGCUCAACUCACCAUCCAAUUUCUUUGUUUAUUCAAACUUAAUUCAUUGCUUCUGAAACCCUGUCAAAUAUGUACGUCUGGUUGAGUAAAUCUCUUUUAUCUUUGCUUCUUACAUUUUAGAAUACUUUAGCAUGGCUAAAACAUCCACUUCUGGGAAAAAGCCAUACCAUUGCAAAACUUGUGACAAGCGGUUAACUAGGAAACAAGAUCUGCAAAGACAUGAAAGAUCCCACACUGGAGAGAAGCCAUACCGGUGCAAAACAUGUGACGAGUGCUUUGCACGAAAGGGUGAUCUCACAGUACAUGAAAGAUUCCACACUGGAGAGAGGCCAUACCAGUGCAAAACUUGUGACAAGUGGUUUAGUCAGAAAGGAAAUCUACAAGUACAUGAAAGAUCCCACACUGGAGAGAAGCCAUACCAGUGCAAAACUUGUGACAAGUGCUUUGCCCAAAAGGGUGAUCUAACAGUACAUGAAAGAUUCCACACUGGAGAGAAGCCAUACCAGUGCAAAACUUGUGACAAGUGGUUUGCACAAAAAAGUCAUCUAAUAGUACACGAAAGAUCCCACACUGGAGAAAAGCUAUACCAGUGCAAAACUUGUGACAUGUGGUUUUGUCAGAAAGGAAAUCUACAAGUACAUGAAAGAUCCCACACUGGAGAGAAGCCAUACCAGUGCAAAACUUGUGACAAGUGGUUUGCACGAAAGCAUGAUCUAACAGUACAUGAAAGAUCCCACACUGGAGAGAAGCCAUACCAGUGCAAAAGCUGUGACAAGAGGUUUAGUGAUAAAAGAAAUCUACAUAGACAUGAAAGAUCCCACACUGGAGAGAGGCCAUACCAGUGCAAAACUUGUGACAUGUGGUUUAGUCAGAAAGGAAAUCUACAAGUACAUGAAAGAUCCCACACUGGAGAGAAGCCAUACCAGUGCAAAACUUGUGACAAGUGGUUUGCACGAAAGCAUGAUCUAACAGUACAUGAAAGAUCCCACACUGGAGAGAAGCCAUACCAGUGCAAAAGCUGUGACAAGAGGUUUAGUGAUAAAAGAAAUCUACAUAGACAUGAAAGAUCCCACACUGGAGAGAGGCCAUACCAGUGCAAAACUUGUGACAAGUGCUUCGCACGAAAGGGUGAUCUAACAGUACAUGAAAGAUUCCACACUGGAGAGAAGCCAUACCAGUGCAAAACUUGUGACAAGUGGUUUAGUCAGAAAGGAAAUCUACAAGUACAUGAAAGAUCCCACACUGGAGAGAAGGAAUACCAGUGCAAAAGCUGUGACAAGUGGUUUAGUCAGAAAGGACAUCUACAAGUACAUGAAAGAUCCCACACUGGAGAGAAGCCAUACCAGUGCAAAACGUGUGACCAGUGGUUUAGUCAAAAAGGAAAUCUACAUAGACAUGAAAGAUCCCACACUGGAGAGAAGCUAUACCAGUGCAAAACUUGUGACAAGUGCUUUGCACGAAAGCAUGAUCUAACAGUACAUGAAAGAUCCCACACUGGAGAGAAGCCAUACCAGUGCAAAAGCUGUGACAAGAGGUUUAGUGAUAAAAGAAAUCUACAUAGACAUGAAAGAUCCCACACUGGAGAGAGGCCAUACCAGUGCAAAACUUGUGACAAAGGGUUUGCACAAAAGGGUGAUCUACUUAGACAUGAAAGAUCCCACACUGGAGAGAGGCCAUACCAGUGCAAAACUUGUGACAAAGGGUUUGCACGAAAGGGUGAUCUAACAGCACAUGAAAGAUCCCACACUGGAGAGAAGCCAUACCAGUGUAAAAGCUGUGACAAGUGGUUUAGUGAUAAAAGAAAUCUACUCAGACAUAAAAGAUCCCACACUGUAGGGAAGCCUUACCAGUGCAAAGCUUGUGACAAGUGGUUUACUCAGAAGGGAACACUUCAAAGGCAUGAAAAAUUGCACUCUGGACAGCAGCCAUAUUCCUCAGAU